GUGGUCACGUGCCAGAUUGGUGGCUACAGCCCCCAUCCACAGAAUUGCAAUGGGACGAGGUUCCAGCACUUUGCGAACGAAUUCAACAUUGCCGCCAUGAACACGUUCAUCCAGAAUGCCUCGGAGUGGACGCGUGUCGGCUCGCGGGGGCACAAGAACAGGAUCAAUUACAUCUUGGGUAAGGCGGACCACAAGUUCUGUUUCGUCGAUGGCCCGCGUAAGAGUGCAGCCAAGCAUUCAGACCUGGUACGGCGUGCAGCUCAUAUCGCACUCAUCGCCGCUCUACGUGCGUGGGGUCUAUCCAGUACUGCUUACGCCUGGGCUCCGAGCAUGGUGACCAAGAGCGUUUGCAUUGACAAGAAUAACAUGGUGGACGACCUAAACAAUCAGGCUGAGCAGGCGGAACGUCUCGGUGACAGACGCAAGUUGUACAAGGUCGCCCAGAGCUCUGCCGGAGUCCAGCGAGGACAGAUGAAGACUGUGAGGGGGGAAGACGGCAGCGUUACCACCAAAGACGCUGCGUACGCAAGAUGUUUUACCCAGCACUUCGCGAACGUCCUGGGAGCUACACUCGCCGAUGCCCCCGAGGUCGAUGACCAGACCGGCGUGUAG